CUUCUCCAUCGGCGGUGCCACCAAACCGAACUGAGGUCGGAGGGAGGUGUUCAGAUCAGCCCCAUCGCUCCCUCCAAUUUCUCCUCCGGAUCUAGCUACUCCCGACCGAGAUCUGCUCCGGCGGGCGAUCACGAUCAGAGCAUGACCCCCGCGCAGGACCCCUUCUACAUCGUCAAGGACGAGAUCCAGGACUCCAUUGACAAAGUACAAGACACUUUCAAUCAAUGGAAGCAAACACCUGAAAACACAGGAGAGUAUGUACAUCUGACAAGAGAACUGCUAACCACCUGUGAAAGUGUCCAGUGGCAGGUGGAUGAGUUAGAGAAGGCAAUUUCAGUUGCCGAGAGAGAUCCAGCUUACUAUGGACUUAAUGAAGUCGAAAUUGGAAAAAGGAGGAGCUGGACAAGCACUGCCCGCAACCAGGUGGUUUCCAUACGGCGGAAUGUUGAAGCUGGGAAACACAAGACUGCAUAUGGACGUUCAGUCAAUCCGUCUGAAUUAGGCAGAUCCAAGCAGCACAUUGCUCAGGAUAAUGAUGACUUCAUUGCUUCAGAAUCUGAUCAGCAGAUGCUUCUGAUGAAGCAGCAGGAUGAUGAGUUGGAUAUGCUUAGUGCCAGUGUCCAGCGAAUUGGAGGUGUAGGUCUCACCAUACACGAAGAGCUUGUCGGACAGGAGAAACUUUUGGGUGAACUGAGCCUUGACAUGGAAACUACUUCCAAUCGGCUUGAUUUCGUACAGAAAAGAGUGGCUAUGGUUCUGAAGAAGGCCAGCUUGAAAGGGCAGAUCAUGAUGAUAGCUUUCUUGGUGAUUCUUUUCAUCAUCCUUUUCGUUUUGGUGUUUUUGACUUGAGAGAGGUGGAGUUUGGGUUUUGUGAGUGUUCGCCAUCAAGUGUGUAGAGAGUAUAGUGCAUACGUAUCAAUUGAUUCAUGUAAUUUUGGCGGGUAUAGUUUAUUCUUCAGGGAUCUAUCUGCCUCUGCCCUAGUAAUAUCAAAGCUAUUUUUUCCUAUAUAACAUGGAAUUCUGUUGUUUGUACAGUACGGAUAAAGUAUUGGCCGUCAGUAAAACACUCACUCAAAUAGAACAAAGAAAAAUACAUUUUAUGUUGUAUACUGUGAUCUUGUAUGAUCAGAGAAAUACAAUAUAUUGUGCCAUCUCCUUU